AUGGCGAGUGUUGCUUACGCGGGAGCAUUCAUGGAGGCGGUGGCGGUGGGAGUUUGUAAGGAGUCAUCAGUGGAAGCGUCGACGAUGUUUCCAGGGUUCAAGUUCUCGCCCACUGACGUGGAGCUCAUCUCUUAUUACCUAAAGCGGAAGAUGGACGGUUUAGAGCGGUCUGUUGAGGUUAUACCGGAAACCGAUAUCUACAACUUCGAGCCUUGGGAUUUGCCCGAUAAGUCAAUAGUUAAAUCUGAUAGCGAAUGGUUCUUCUUCUGUGCCCGUGGCAAGAAGUAUCCACAUGGCUCACAAAACAGGAGAACAACCAAGAAAGGAUACUGGAAAGCCACUGGGAAAGAGCGUGAUGUUAAGUCUUCUUCUCAAGUGGUGGGAACAAAGAGGACGCUUGUCUUCCAUAUUGGUCGUGCACCAAAAGGCGAAAGAACAGAGUGGCUUAUGCACGAGUACUCCAUGAAAGGAGUACUAUCACUGGAUGAUGCUUUGGUUGUUUGCCGGCUCAGGAGGAACAUAGAAUCUCAUACUUGUACAAGGCAGAAGACACCAGAGCCGAAUUUAGCAGCCGAGAAGCACGUGAUCAUGCAAAAUGGUGUGGCUAAUUCAGGGAGCCCGUGUGAUUGGGACAGCAUGAUUGAUUUUUACCUUGCGGGUGACUCAGGGGAGAACCUUCUCUCUGAGAUGGCAGAAACAGUAGAAAAUUUACAGGUGCAUACUGAUGAGGAUUUCUUUGCGGAUAUACUAAGCGACGAGAUCAUCAAUCUUGAUGAAAUGAUGAUGACAGCUGGGAACACAGCAAACGAAGUGCCAACACUUGAAUCAGCAUCAUCGGCGAUAAGGGUACUUCCUUUACCGAACAUGAUAGACAAACAGAUGGCUUCACUCUUAGAGGAGAAGAAAGGAAAAGAGAACAGUGGCCUCUCGAACUGCUUCGUGGGACUAUACUCUACCAAAACGGUGAACAAGGGAAGAUGGGAUGUUAUUAUAUGUCUAGUGGCUCUCAUUGCAAUGUUGUUUUAUCUAGAUUAAGGCUGUGCAAGUAGUAGUUGGAAUCGAUGUCCUGUCUUGUUCUUUGUGGGCAUUGCUUCCUCUCGAUGUUUGUGAUUGUGUAUAGGUUGAUAUGUUUGUUUGUGUUCACUGUUUCAAUUUGAGUAUUCUGCCCAUUUUUGGUUCCGGUUUAUUGAACUGCAAGCAAACCGAUAAAUCAAAAU